ACCAACAGAAAAAAGAAGCUAACCAAUGGAAAUUGACCGAAAUGUCAGAGUUAGAGCGCCGCUUUGACAGCAUGUAACAAAUCUCCAGAAAACAGAAACGAAAAACACUAAUGACCAGGCAUGACGAAUCCUUCACCUCUUUAAUAUGGACAAAUACGAAAAGGUAAAGAAAAUUGGUGAAGGUUCAUUUGGAAAAGCUAUUCUUGUCAAAUCAAAAGAAGAUGGACAUCAAUAUGUCAUCAAGGAGAUCAACAUAUCUGGGAUGUCAAGUAAAGAGAGACAAGAAUCUCGAAAAGAAGUUGCUGUACUUGCCAACAUGAGCCAUCCCAACAUUGUUCAAUAUAAGGAAUCUUUUGAAGAGGGUGGCUGUCUGUACAUUGUCAUGGCCUACUGUGAGGGUGGAGAUCUCUUUAAGAGAAUCAAUUCUCAGAAGGGAGUGCUUUUUUCAGAGGCGCAAAUCCUUGACUGGUUUGUGCAAAUCUGCCUGGCUCUGAAACAUAUACAUGACCGAAAAAUACUCCACAGAGAUAUAAAAUCACAGAAUAUUUUCUUAACAAAAGAUGGCACAGUUCAGCUUGGUGACUUUGGAAUUGCGAGAGUGCUCAAUAGCACUGUUGAGCUGGCAAGGACAUGCAUUGGGACACCAUAUUAUCUGUCACCAGAGAUUUGUGAAAACAAACCUUACAAUAAUAAAAGUGAUAUUUGGGCCCUAGGGUGUGUCCUGUAUGAAAUGUGCACUCUUAAGCAUGCUUUUGAAGCUGGAAAUAUGAAAAACCUGGUGCUGAAAAUUAUCCGUGGUUCGUACCCCCCGGUGUCUGUGCAUUACUCCCUGGAACUGCGCUCCCUUUUGGGUCAGCUGUUUAAACGCAACCCCAGAGAACGGCCCUCCGUCAGCAUCAUCCUAGAAAAACCCUUCCUCUCAUCCAGGAUAGAGCGCUUCCUCACACCACAGAUAAUUGCUCAGGAAUUUCACCAUACCUUUAUUCACAAGCAGCCUAAAGCGAGUGGGGGACCGGGGCAGCCAGCUAAGCGUCCUGCUCCUGGUGCCAUUCCACUUGCUCCAGCCCAAAAGAUCACCAAACCAGCCUGCAAAUACGGAGUGCCUUUGACCAUGAAGAAGGUGCCGGAUGCUGCUAAGAAAGCUGUGGACAAGAAACCAGCAGUCAAACAAAAACUGGCCCCUCCCCCAGCAGCCCCCCAGAGGAGAGUGAGUCAAGUGGAGGAAGAGAGAAAAAAGCACGAGGAAGGCAUGAGGAAGAAGAGGAUGGAGCUGAUUGAGAAGGAGAGAAAACAGAGAGAGCAGAUGUUCCUGUUGAAAGCAGAACAAAUGAAGAGAUAUGAAAAGGAAAAGAUCAAUCGGAUAAACCAGGCCAGGGAGCAGGGCUGGAAGCAUGUCUUGAGUUCCAGUGGUGGAAGCAGUCCAGAAAGGAAGUGCUUCGUUGGUGGUGCCAAAAGGGCUCUACCUGUCAGCCCUCGUCAUGUCCCAAGCUCUGCCGCCGGACACUCCCCUGCUGCUACCCAAAACAAAAGUUCUUAUGAUCAUUACCAUGCAGCACUGGACCAAAUGGCUAAACCAAAGUUAAAAGAUGUGAGCAGAGAUGGAUCUUCUGCAAGCAGUGUUGUUGGUGUCUCACCUGCCGCUGGCCCAGUGCUGCUCAAUGGCCCUCACAAAGUAAACCAUGAUCUUAUCAAACAGGAGCUACUGAGGCUGCAGCAUGGUUCAAAGCAGGCCCACCUCAAUAGGCAUCGUGGUCAUGUGCCUGCUGAACGUGCCUUUCAAGUUGAAGAAUUUUUACAACGAAAAAGAGAAGCCCUGAUCAACAAAGUCCGUGCUGAGGGACAGCUGGAGUACUUGGCGCGGCUGAGGCAGAUUCGGUUGCAGAACUUCAACGAACGGCAGCAGAUCAAAGCGCGGCUCAGAGGAGAAAAGUAUGACAGCGAUGGAUCAGACAGUCAAGAGUCAAGUGAGGAGGCGGAGCUCCGGAGGAAGAAGAUUGAAGCUGUGAAGGCCCAAGCAAAUGCCCGUGCCGCUGUCCUGAAGGAACAGCUGGAGAAGAAGAGAAGAGAGGCCCAUGAGAGAGAGAAGAACGCAUGGGAGGUGUAUCUGGCAGCACGGGGGAAGAAGGUUGGCCCCACUGCGUCCAGUACUAUAGAGACCUCCUCCGGUUCAGACGCUCCUCCGGCUGGUCCCUGUGAGCCCGAGCCCGCACUGCCCUCCUCCUCUCCCUCACCACCAGCUAUAUCCAUGACCGCUGCCCUUCACAAUGUCGGAGCGAUGGUAUCACUGAAAGAGACAGCAGCCGAAGCAGAAGGCGCUCUCGCCACCCAGCGUGAGAAAAAGCAGAUCCUGCGCAGACUGAAUGAUAAUCUAAAGGCCCAUAGCUUGGUGGAGGAGGUAGAAGAGACCAUCAGUGCUGAACCUCCUUCGCACCCUGUGACUGAGGAGCGGCCAUCUUCCAACGGAGAGAGGAAGAAAUGGGAUGCAGCCCAAGUGCCUGAGCUCCCUGUAAAAGACAUUUUCACUGAAACAUGUGCCACUACUGCAACCACCCUCACUGAAUCUCCAGAGGAACGGCCGCACUCCGGAGGCGACAGGAAGAAGUGGGAUGCCGAAGUUCCACUUAUCCUUCCUGCAGCUCAGACGUUAGGGGAAACCUGUAUCACCACCAUUGACCAGACAGUUGAUGACUUUUCUCAAGUAAAUGUCCUUCAAGAUGAGGGCCCUAGAAAAGUGUGGGGAGUGAAUCCUGAUCCUCAGGUUCUGAAGAUCCUCCAGGAAGCAGAACUGCAGCCUCUCACUCAGAAACUGGAGAACGCCAGCAUCUGCGAGGGAGACCUCUCCAUUAGUGUUUCACCAAACAAGGUUGUAGCAGUUGAAGUGAUACGGACACCCCAAGAUGCGCUGACCCUUGACCCUGAUCCAGAUGUGGAUGUUCAGAGCCCAGAUGUUCAGAAGGAGUGUGUUGUUACAACACAGGUCUCCCAUGAGGAAGCCACUGAGGCCAGCCAGGACAGCACAGUAGUACUGCCAGCAAACCUCACAGACACACAGGACCCAGCAGAUGUGGAGUCAUUAGUUUUGGAGGAACAGCCAAAGCCAUUUGAACCUCCUCCAGCUGAUGUGCAGCAGGCCUGGGCACAGGAAGUACAACUGCCUCUGCCAGCAGGUGGUGAUGCAAGCCCACGAAACCAAUUUGAUGGUGAGAAGCCUGUGGAGAAACCAGCAGCAGUGGCUGGAGUGCUGCAGAGCGAGGAGCCAUUGUUUAUGAAGUUGUGUUCACCAGUCCACCGUCGUACUGCUGCCCUGGCUUUGCUCUCUGCUCAGUCGUCUGUGGAUGAAUCCUCAUCCUCUUUGGCCUCUCGCUCUCGCUCAGUCUCACCUCUGCGCUCCAAACACCAUGACUCCCUCCUUAUAGGCCUCUCCACAGGCAUGUUUGACGCCAACAACCCCAAGAUGCUGCGGACAUGCUCCUUACCGGACCUCAGUCGUUUCUCCAGCUCACAGCGAGACGUGGAGGUGCACAGUAACGCAAACGUGGCCCCAGAAAACAACCUGGAGAUAGAAGACCUGGAGGAGACUGCUAAGGAUGACGACCAGUCUGAGCUGGAGGAUGCAUAUGAGGAUGAGGACUUGCGGGACAUUCGGGCCUCGAUGGAGAGACUGCUGCAGGAGGAGGGUGACCUGGGCGAGAUGGGAGCGGGCGAUUUUAACGGGAACCCUCCUGAUAAUGUACAGCAACAUCAGGAGCUUUUCCAAAGGAUCGCUGCUGAGAUGGAGCACAACAAUCUGAUGGCUGUGGAUGAUGACGAGGAUGAGGAGGUUGAAGAGGAGGAGGAAGAUGAAGAGGAGGAUGAAGGCUCAAAUGGUAGCCCGGGCGACGAGGAGGAUGCGGGGCUGCUGCUGAGUAACGGAGUGGAAGGAGGGAGUCACGGCAACGACGUGCAGCUCAAUGAAGAGUGGCAAUCAGAUGGCAGUAAUGAGGAUCAGUGCAGUGAACCUCAGCAUCAAGACAGUAUCUUCAGCCGACUGGAGGAGCUGCGCUUCAACCUGGAGCAGCAGAUGGGCUUUGAGAAGUUCAUCGAGGCCUACAACAAGAUCAAGGCAAUACAUGAAGAUGAAGAUGAGAACAUCGACCUUGGCUCCAGUUUGGUCCUAAACAUUUUGGGAACAGAGCACCAGCACCUCUACCCCAACAUCCUGCACCUGGUCAUGGCUGAUGGGGCAUACCAAGAAGAUAAUGACGAGUAACAUUUGGGACAAUCUGCCUGCUCUGUACGGUCGGUCUUCCCAUGAUACAUACACAAUCGUUGGUGGGAUCUAUGCAUGAAGUGAUGUGCAUCUGAAAGUUGCAUGAAAAAUGACUAGAGACUGUUUUUUCCUAUGUGACUAUCCACCCCCGUCUUCUCUAAUCAGUGCAUCAGAAGUGCAUUAAGAAGUCUGUGUCUAUUAUUAACCAAAGUUGACUCAAGGUUUGGAUCAAAUAUUUAUGAAUGUCCCACGUGUAAAUGAAUGGCACUACCUUGUUCCGAAGUUGAUAAUUUUUUUUCUAUUCUCUGCUUCAGUGGUUUUCAAACUAUGGUACAAACUAUUUUGAACAAAGUUUGACAACCUCUGUUCUCCGGUGCUCUUAAUUCCACCACUUAAAGAUAUUAUGAUACAACCAGUUAACCUCUUUUUUAUUUCUCUUUUCACUAAAUGUGUAGCUAGAGUCUGACACAUUUCCUAUUGUUAAUGCGUCCUGUUCAAAUCAAAGUCUGUCUUGUUGAAUGUUGUAUGUUGGUACUGUAGCAGAGGUUGCAGGGUCGAAGUAACAAGACAAUUCAGGUAACUGUAAGUGCUGCGCUGCACUGAUGAAGUAAGCAAUGGAAUAAAUUAUAGUAAUAUUUGCUAUUAAAUUAUGUAAAUCUUUAUAUUAAUAAACACUUUUUCACUUAA